AUGCCCAAGCCUCUGGCAUACACCGCGCGCAGACUCCGCGCAAAAGCCGCCAAACGCGGAUAUCUGAUCGAAAUACUGCUGACUUAUUCGGGAGCUUUCCACGGGUUUCUGGUGAAAAUGAGCAGCGAUGUUCUUCACAUGGCAGUAAAGCUGCCCCAUGUGGAAUACAUUGAAGAGGAUUCCUCCAUUUUUGCCCAGAGCAUCCCAUGGAACCUGCAGCGCAUCCUUCAAAACAAACAUGAGAGUGGAAAAUACUCACUACCCAAUGACGGAUCAAAGGUAGGAGUGUAUCUUUUGGACACAAGCGUUCAAGUGACUCAUCGUGAGAUUGAGGACAGGGUGAUGGUUACGGACUUCAACAGUGUGCCAGAGGAGGAUGGGGUCAGAGUUCACAGACAGGCUAGUCAGUGUGACAGUCAUGGCACACACAUAGCAGGUGUGGUCAGUGGACGGGACUCGGGUGUAGCUCGAGGUGCCAGUGUAAACAGUGUCCAAGUGUUAAACUGCCAAGGCAAGGGUACCGUGUCAGGAGCUUUGGCAGGUCUGGAGUAUAUCCAGUCAUCUCUGAUGUCUCAGCCUAUCAGACCUGUGAUCGUACUGCUGCCAUUUGUAGGGGGAUUCAGUCGCACACUCAAUGCUGCCUGCAGGAAAAUGGUGGAAUCUGACACAGUGCUCAUUGCUGCAGCUGGUAACUACAACGAUGAUGCUUGUCUGUACUCACCAGACUCAGAGCCAGAGGUGAUAACCAUAGGGGCCGUUAAUUUUGCUGACCAGCCCUUGAGCACUGGGACGACAGGCACCAAUGUGGGCCACUGCGUGGAUGUGUUCGCACUUGGUGAUGACAUCAUCAGUGCUUCCAGCGAUUGCUCCACCUGCUUCACCACCAAGAGCGGAACAUCACAGGCAGUGGCACAUGUUGCUGGUAUAGCAGCGGUGCUCCUGAAUCUGAGUCCAAACUCCAGCUCUGCUGAGCUUCUGCAGCAGCUCCUCCAUCAUUCAGUCAGACAGAUCAUUAACCCAGAGUCUCUGCCACUGAACCACCGUCUCACUACACCCAACAUGGUGGCCGCCCUGCCCGACUCGACCUCCACACUCAUAGGAGAGGAUCUGCUCUGUAGAUCCGUUUGGUCUGAGAGGUCAGCUGUUAAAGGUUUGGCCACAACUACAGCCCGCUGUCGCCACGGUGAAGAGAUGCUGAGCUGCUCCAGUUUCUCACAAAAUGGAGCAAGAGCUGGAGAAAGAGUGGAGGAGAGAGAUGGGCAGAAAGAGUGUGUUGCUGUCAAUGGGAAUGGAGGGCAUGGUGUGUUCGCUGUAGCGCGCUGCUGCACAGGCCAUAAAGCUCAGUGCCAGAUGUUAGAGAGUCCCAAGAGAGGCGAGGGUACAGAAUGUCCUCCAGACCACCAGCUGACAGGCUGCAGUUCUUCCUCUUCAUCUGGAGAUGUAUCAGACUCUGAUCUACCUCUACAUGGCAGCCGCAGGGCAUGUCCUGCUAAAAGGGGUGAAAUGUCAUACGCAUCCUGCUGUCACACAUCCUCUCUGGAAUGCCGGCUGAAAGAACACGGCCCCACAGGUCUCAGUGAGCAGGUGGAGGUUUCAUGUGAGGACUCGUGGACACUGACAGGCUGUCAGGGUCUGUCGCGUGGUGCUGGUGUUCGUGGGGCAUUUGCUUUUGGAAACACCUGUGUAGUUCAUACAUCUGGAGGAGAUAAAGGGACUGCCAUCGCCACCUGCUGCAGGCACCGCCCGUCCCACCAGCCAUCUGACCACUGAGGGAUAUGUGUGCCUCUUUUGUCACUUCUCUAAAUACGUAACCAUGGACAUGAUUUCUAUAACACAUAGGAGGUGUUACACAGUUGAGCUCAGUUCUGUCACUAUACAAUAUUACACGAGAGAAGUGCAUUGUAACCAGUUCUGUAUAUAACUAAAUCCAAUCUAGACACUCAACAAGUGGCACUAUAACACUUGAAACGCUUUGAAAGGCCUUUAAACUGCGAAACAUGCAUCAGUGCAUUAAUAUUAGAAUUCUGACGAUAAUAAUUUGUUACGGCUAUGAAAUGCUAUACUAUUUUGUUUAAAUAAUAAUAAAAAACACAAAAUUAAAAUAAAUUUCAUUUUGAGAUUUGCUAAAAAUUACAUUUAACAGUGGUAAAGCGAGCAUUUGAUGACAGCUAACGACAGCUGCGUGUGUGAAAUAAACAAUAUAAGCCAAUAUAUUUAAAAUGUUCCAAUACUUUGACUGUAUUUAGACCAGCACUUUUCAUUUUGAUAUUUACACAUUCUGAAUUGAAAAAGAAAUCUAUUUUUACUAUUUUUGGCAAGAGCGUUAUCUACUAUUAUGCAUGUGCACUGUGUAUAAGAGUGUACUUCUUUUUUAUAAAUGUAUAUUUUUUUAUUACAAACUUUGACAACUUCAUGUAAUGGUCUAAAAUCAACUUCAGACAAAAUCACACAGUCUGAAAAGUUGUGCAUUCCAGUUUUUCCUUUUUUAUAUCAAAUGUUUUCAUUGUCAAACUCUGAUGUACAAAUUAAAAUGUGGUUUUAACAUGCAUUAACUGAUUCCUUUACACAUCAUACACACUCGCAGCAGAAAUGAAAUCACAGAUCUACCGAGUGGUUGGUACAGCAUCUACAGGUGUAGGAAAGGUUAAAAAAGAUUGAUUGGAGGGAGGAUCAGAUUUGUUGAUAGUUUUAACACCCUGUUCACUCAAGUACACCAUAUUUCAAAGAAGACUCUACAGCACUGAGUAUAUACUGUAAUCCCACCGUAUCUUACGGGCUCCUUUAGUGAAAACCUAAGCAGGCAGUUGAGCUGAAAUUAGUGUGAUAUCUUUGCAAAUGUGCGUAUUUCAGCAAAAUAAGAAAGAUGCCUUGUGUUUAGGCAUUGAUCCGAUUAAUUCUCCCCUAAAUUGUAACUGAACACUGUGCUUUCAGCCCUGAAACGUUUCAAAAUACUCCUCCGGUCAUCCUAAAACCUGUCUUAACUAAUCGUCCCAAACGCUUUCCACAUCUGCUGCGGUGAAUUAGCAAUGAACCAUUUACUGAUUCAAAGCAUAAAGGCAGUUGUGAGUACUGCAGUGUUUUGCGGACUAUUAGAGGCCAAAACCAUGAGAAAGAGACAAAAAGUCAAAGACCCUACUGAAAAAAACUGCUUAAACAAGCCUUAACGGGUUUGCUGGUUUACCAGGCCUUCAGCAUGAUCAAUUUUGAGUUUCAGUGCCUCAAGCUACUCUAAUACUAGCAAACCAGGCUGACCAUGUUGAAAAAAACAACAAAAAAAAACAUGUUGAACCAGUUUAAGACGGUCUGCUGGUUUUAUGAGGUUUUCCAGCCUGACCGAUCUUGAUUUUAAGUACCCCAAACCGCUCUACAACCAGCAAACCAGGCUUUCCAUGUAAAAAAAAAAAAAAAAAACAGAAACCAGCUCAAGAUGGUGUGCUGGUUUUACCUAGUCUCCCAGCCUGAGCAAUCUUGAGUUUAAGUACCAAAAUCACUCUAAAACCAGCAAACCAGGCUGGCCUGUUGAAAAAAAAAAACGUUAAACCAGCUCAAGAUGGUGUGCUGGUUUUACCUAGUCUCCCAGCCUGAGCAAUCUUGAGUUUAAGUACCAAAAUCACUCUAAAACCAGCAAACCAGGCUGGCCUGUUGAAAAAAAACAAACAUGAUAAACCAGCUCAAGAUGGUGUGCUGGUUUUACCUGGUCUCCCAGCCUGAGCAAUCUUGAGUUUAAGUACCAAAAUCACUCUAAAACCAGCAAACCAGGCUGGCCUGUUGAAAAAAAAAAACGUUAAACCAGCUCAAGAUGGUGUGCUGGUUUUACCUAGUCUCCCAGCCUGAGCAAUCUUGAGUUUAAGUACCAAAAUCACUCUAAAACCAGCAAACCAGGCUGGCCUGUUGAAAAAAAAAAACGUUAAACCAGCUCAAGAUGGUGUGCUGGUUUUACCUAGUCUCCCAGCCUGAGCAAUCUUGAGUUUAAGUACCAAAAUCACUCUAAAACCAGCAAACCAGGCUGGCCUGUUGAAAAAAAACAAACAUGAUAAACCAGCUCAAGAUGGUGUGCUGGUUUUACCUGGUCUCCUAGUCUGGGCAAUCUUGUGUUUAAGUGCCCCAAACCACUCUAAAACCAGCAAGCCAGGCUGGCAAUUUUGAAAAAAAACAAAAAAAACAAACAAACAAGUUAAACCAGUUUAAAAUAGUGCGCUGGUUUUAUCUGGCUUCCCUGCCUAAGCAAUCUUGAGGUUAUGUGUCCAAGCCUCAAUGUUGUUAAAAGAUGUUAAACCAGUUUAAGAUGGUGUGCUGAUUUUACCUGGUCUCCCAGCCUGACCAAUCUAGAGUUUAUGUGCCCAAAACCAGCUAAGUCGGCUGGCUCUGUCAUCUUAAACCAGUCUAGGCUGGUUUGCUUCUCUUAGUUGCUCUUCCAGCCUGCUCAGGCUGGUCUGUUGGCUGGUAUUAAAUGGUUUUUGGACACUUAACCACCUAAACACAACUAAGCUGGGCUGAGAGACCAGCAUAGACCAGCAAAUGCACUUAGGCUGGUUUAAGAUUUAUUUUAUAAACCAGCUUCUUUGGCCAGUUUAUGCAGUUCUUUUCCAGCAAAAAAGUCUCUCACACAUACAAACAUGCACAGAAGCGUGGCAAAAAAAGCGUCAAUGUGAAAGUUGCGAAGAGCAGAUGACUGUGAGGUAAAAAGCAGCACUAACUUUUGUGUGAGGUGGCAUUGAGGUCUUUCCGCUGUAAACAUUGAAGCAAUGUCACUAAGUGUUCUAAUCUAAAUACAAAAUGAGCAGCAAACAGCAGCUUAAACACCCUGCAGACUACCUGAAAGAGGGACAUCACAGGCCUGGCUCAAACAAGGGGCCGUGACGCACGAGGCGCCAUCUGUGUCCUCAUAUGGCGCUUUGAGAUGAGCUCAGCCGAGCCAUCCGAGUAUACGUGUGUGCGUUGUUAGCAUAAUGUUGAGUAGGUUCAGGCAUUUGUGUAGCACAGCGUGUCCACUGGUUUGUCUCAAGGCGAGGACGUGAGUGGCGUAGGGGAGGAGUCGAGUAAAGGCACUUUACUACUCUGUGAGAACUUUCCGGUCCCUCCAACAACCUCCGUCUUUCUCUCCCCCUCCCACUUUGACCACUUUCCACCCCAUCCUCGCCUUGUCAUUCGAUUUGCAUUGCGUAAGGCAGACUGAACAGAAAAGAUGCAGGCAAAGAAACAAACA